CCCCCACCCUCUCCCCACCCUAGGCAGCUUAUUUCUGACCUCUUACUUUCUCUACUUAACUCUGGCCCAGGGCAACCGAGACAAAGCAAAAGGCAGGACAGCAUGAACCGAUCACCCCUCCAUCCUGUCCAACUCCGAUCAGUGGGCUCCCAAGAUGCCCUGACAUCCCUGCCACCACCUGAGCCCCAGAGUCCCUCACACUCUUGGCCCCGUCUGUGUGGGCCUCUGCCCUGGGGCCUCAGCUGUCUUCUGGCUCUGCAGCAUGUCUUGGUCCUGGCUUCUCUUCUCUGUGCCUCCCAUCUGCUUCUGCUUCAUAGUCUCCUCCCAGGUGGACUCUCCCCUUCUCAGCUCCUGGCCGCUAGCUUCUUUUCAUGUGGUGUGUCUACCAUUCUACAAACUUGGAUGGGCAGCAGGCUGCCUCUUGUCCAGGCUCCAUCCUUAGAGUUUCUUAUCCCUGCUCUGGCGCUGACAAGCCAAAAGCUACCUCUGGCCAUUCAGACAACUGGAAACUGUGAGCACAGAGCAAGGGCAAGGGCCUCCCUUGUGCUGCACCUGUGUAGGGGGCCUGACUGUCAUGGCCGGGAGCAAUGGAACACUUCUCUCCAAGAGGUGUCUGGAGCAGUGGUGGUAUCUGGGCUGCUGCAGGGCACAGUUGGGCUGCUGGGGAGUCCUGGCCGCUUAUUCCCCCACUGUGGGCCCCUGGUGCUGGCCCCCAGCCUGGUUGUGGCAGGGCUCUCUGUCCACAGAGAGGUGGCCCAGUUCUGCUCUGCUCACUGGGGCCUGGCCUGGCUGGUCAUCCUGCUCAUGGUGCUCUGUUCUCAGCAUAUAGGCUCCUGCCAGUUACCCCUAUGGCCCUGGAGGACGGCUUCAACCUCAUCAGCUCACACUCACCUCCCUGCCUUCCGGCUCUUCUCGGUGCUCAUCCCGGUGGUCUGUGUGUGGAUAAUCUCUGCUCUUCUGGGGCUCAGUGUUGUCCCUUUGGAACUAUCUGCCCCCACACAGUCACCAUGGAUUUGGCUGCCUCACCCAGGUGAGUGGGACUGGCCCUUGCUGACUCCUAGGGCUCUGGCUGCAGGCAUCUCCAUGGCCUUGGCAGCUUCCACCAGCUCCCUGGGCUGCUAUGCCUUGUGUGGCCGCCUCCUGCACUUUCCUCCGCCACCUCCACAUGCCUGCAAUCGAGGGCUGAGCCUGGAGGGGCUGGGCAGUGUGCUGGCUGGGCUGCUGGGAAGCCCCAUGGGCACUGCAUCCAGCUUCCCCAACGUGGGCACAGCGGGUCUUAUCCAGGCUGGAUCUCGGCAAGUGGCCUACUUAGUGGGGCUGUUCUGUGUGGGGCUUGGAUUCUCUCCCAGGCUGGCUCAGUUCCUUACCACCAUCCCACUGCCUGUGCUUGGUGGGGUGCUGGGGGUAACCCAGGCUGUGGUUCUGUCCACUGGAUUCUCCAGUUUCCACCUGGCUGACAUUGACUCUGGGCGGAAUGUCUUCAUUGUGGGCUUCUCUAUCUUUAUGGCCCUGCUGCUGCCAAGGUGGUUUCGGGAAGGCCCGGUCCUACUCAGCACAGGCUGGAGCCCCUUGGAUGUGUUACUACGCUCACUGUUGGCAGAGCCCAUUUUCCUGGCUGGACUGUUGGGCUUUCUCCUAGAGAACACCAUUCCUGGCACCCGGCUUGAGCGAGGCCUAGGUCAAGGGCUGCCAUCUCCUUUCACUGUCCAAGAGGCUCGAAUGCCUCAGAAGUCCAGGGAAAAAGUUGCUCAAGAGUAUGGGCUUCCUUUUCCCAUCCAAAACCUAUGUACCUGCGUCCCCCAGCCUCUCCGUUGCCUCUGCCCACUGCCUGGAGACGCUGGGAAUGAGGAAGAAGGGUCCCCUGAGCCAGGAGAGAUGGCAGACUUGCUACCUGGCUCUGGGGCGCCAUGCCCUGCAUCUAGCAGAGAAGGGCUUAGGUCCCAGUAA